AUGUAAAUGUGGCGGUUGGUACGAUACUAUUUUUGGUAGAGUAAAUAAGAUUUUAGUGCCAAGUGUUUUUAGAUAACAAACAAAAUUAUUAUUUCUUACGAUGAAUUACUGGAAGUGAGUGUGUAUUGCGUUAGGCAAACAUAUAAAACGGUACACAGGUAUACACUUGUCAAGUGAACCGGUAAAAAUGAGCAUAACUGCAAACAAACCAUCGUCGGAUGCUGAAAAUCCACCUGAACUGCGAAUUCUUUGCUUCGAUCUGACCCAUUACAAUGGUACCACACAGUUUCUUUUAAGCUGCGCGGGUGUCUUCGUGCUAUACCUCAUUUACGGGUAUCUCCAGGAGCUCAUUUUCACUGUGGAUGGUUUCAAGCCGUACGGCUGGUUUCUCACACUCAUACAGUUCGGCUAUUACAUAUGCUUCGGUGUGAUUGAGCGAGAUUUGGAGGCGAGGCGCAGGAGACAGCUUUUACCUGGUGGCAAUGUUGAAGCUGCACAUCGUCGCAUACCAAUGCGCACUUAUUUUCUACUUGCCGCCUUAACACUCGGCACUAUGGGACUGUCCAACUCUAGUUUGGGCUACCUAAACUAUCCGACUCAAGUGAUCUUUAAAUGUUGCAAAUUAAUUCCGGUGUUGGUGGGCAGCAUUUUGAUACAGGGAAAACGUUAUGGAUUCCUGGAUUUCGCAGCUGCAAUUGCGAUGUGCAUUGGAUUAGCUUGGUUCACGCUCGCUGACUCGCAAGUGUCGCCGAAUUUCAAUCUGACUGGUGUAGGGAUGAUAUCAGCGGCUUUGUUGUGUGAUGCAGCUAUUGGAAAUGUGCAAGAAAAAGCGAUGCGCGAAUGCCAUGCACCCAGCAGUGAAGUGGUGCUGUACUCUUAUGGAUUGGGUUUCAUUUAUUUGUUUGUGAUACUGAUGUUGACAGGAAACUUUUUCAGCGGGUUUGCCUUCUGCCUAGAGCACGUUUUGGAAACAUUCGGUUAUGGCUUCUUAUUCAGCUUAUCUGGUUACCUGGGCAUACAGUUUGUAUUGGCUUUGGUGCGUAGCUGUGGUGCCCCGGUGGCUGCUACAGUCACAACAGCACGUAAAGCAGUAACUAUUGCUUUAUCGUUUGUUUUCUUUAGCAAACCUUUCACGUGGCAAUACUUGUGGUCAGGCUUAGUUGUUGUAUUGGGCAUAUAUUUAAAUGUUUACAGCAAAAAACACAAAAUGACCGUACGAGACCUGCAACACAAAUUCAAGCAUGCACUUAACAUCUUCCGUGGAUGGGAAAGAUCAACAAGUCGCAAGUUUUUGGUGGAAGUUUAGUUUUAGAUGUGUAGAAUUAAUUUCCCAUAUACAUUUUGUAUAUGUACCUAUAACGUUGUGUAUACCAAAAUUAGUGUAAAUAUAUGCAGUAAGUCAUUAGAGUUGAAAGCAAUAGUUCGCUAGGAUGUAGUUCUACUAUAAUGAAUUUAUGCAAGUUCCAUGUGAUGUUAUUUUCUUGAGACUUAUGUUUGACCCAUUAAUUGCAAUGUACCUUUUUAGUAAUUUAAUAAUCCACCCAAAUUUAUAUCAAGGCGGCCUCUUUAUUCGGACAACUUUGUGCGUGACUACCAUUCAGGUUCGAAUGUCGCUGUGGUAACGAAAUAUGAAAUGAUAGAAAACGUUUUUCUAAUAGCGUUUGCUCCGCGGCCAGCAAUGCAAACCUCCGAAUGUAUAUCUGGCAUGAAAAGGCUCGUCGACAAAAAUUAUCUGUCGUUCGGAGUCGGCUUGAUACAAAACUGUAGGUACCUCUAUUUGUGGAAGAACAUUAAGGAGGUUAUAUGCAGUUAGCAAGGCCGAAAAGAAGCGAAUUUUUUCUGAGAAAACUUUUAAAUUUAUUGAUCUAAAAAUUUGUACACAUAUUAUGUUAUCUUUUAACUGUAUUUUAAAACUUUUUCUUUUUCCUUGUUCACUCCACUCGAGAGCAUAGGGCCUCGACAAGACUCAGUCUUGCGUUGGUCUCGUUAAUGUGUUUUGAUUUCUGACAGGGUAGGUGAUUAGCCUGCCGCUCCGUUAAAACAUAGUAUUAGUAAAAAUAUUUGUUUGGAAAGCAGCUACAGCAGAUCUUCGGGAACUCAAACUAAAAAAAAAAGACAAUUUGCGCUGACCACUAUAUCUCUGAACUGGAUCCUCUGAAAUUAAAAAACCAAACAGAUUUCGUUAAAGUAAUGUUAAAUCUAGUAAUUAAUCGUAGGAAUAAGCAAAAUAAUUGUUUUUUUUUUUUGACAAAAUGGCGGUUUCUCAGAAAAAAUCGACUUUUGACCAAAAUUUGGCCUUAAAAAGUAUUUAUCGGUGAGGAAAAAUCUUCGAUUAAUUAGUAAAAAAUAUAUUUAAGAAGCUCGUGUUAUUGAUUUGUGACUAAUCGGUUUCACCGUUUUCGAGUAAUGUUGGUCACCGACUUUGAAAACACCAUUUUGAGAAAAGCGCGUUUAAAGUUUGAAAAGCACUUUACAUAGGAAAGCAAACGUUUUUUCAAAUUUGCGUGUAACUUCGAAAAUAUUCACCGAAACCACAUUAAAUUUUUUGUGUGUAUUCUUAAAUAUAUGUACAUUAAAAAAUAUCGAUUGUUUGAAAAUUCUAACUGUAUAAAGCCCCUUAAGACGCACAGCACGAAAAUCGGAGGAGGAGCUCGUCCAAACACCUAACAAUUAUAUAUACAUUAAGGGAGGGGUCUAGGAUUUGAGCAUUUUUUUUAAUGAAUUUUUAAGACUUUGCUUUAGAGAUAUGAAUAGUGAAAAUGUAUUUAAACUUUUUGUACAUUAUAAAGCAUCAUUUCAACAAUAUUGUACUAAAUUUUUGUAAGAAAAUAUCGGGAAAUAAGCCGGUGAGGUAACUUUGCCGAAAACGCCUUUUCCAAAAGGUGAUUUGCAGUGACUAUCGUAUCUAGUUGUAGAAUCACCUGAAAUAAAAUAAACAGAAUUAUUUGGUUAAAUUAUCACCAAAACCUCCCCCCCACUGGCUCCGAUUUUUUUUUUUUUUUCAUUUUUAUAAUACGUUGCCAGCGCGUUUUUGAAGCAAAAAGUGCGAUUUUCACUGAUUUUUUCGCUGUAUAAGUGGAAACCGCCCUUAAUGUAAAACAAAAAAGUGAAAAAUCUCUCAGUGGGGGGGGAGGUAUUUUAUAUAUAGAAGUUGUAUACCAAAUUUGAAAAGGAUCGGUUAAAUAUUGUUGAAGUUCUAAUAGUCACGGACUUUGAAAAAGUGGUUUCGAGAAAAACGUAACGCUCCGCUCCAAACGCUCGCAGCUGUCGCAGAGGAGUGGGGACAAAAACGUCUAUAACUCCAAAAGUUUUGCUCCGAUUGAGCUGGGAGCUUGGGACAAUAUUUUUGAGAUGAUUUACUAUAAGAAAAAGCUAUUUCCAAAAAAUCGAUUUUUUUAAAGUCAAACCCUAGACCCCUCCCUUAAUUG